AUGACGGACACGGCAGUCAGCAGCAGCCCCGGCCAGUGGGGGUAUCAGAGUGACCGGCAGAUGGCUCUUCAGAGCAGGUGAGGAAGCUCCAGGCUCCGUCCAGCUCCCGAGGGCCACCCAGCCCGCGGGAAGCAGUCGGAACGUGGGCGGAAGGCCGAAGAGCUGACGGAUGAAGAGAAGGAGAUCAUCAACAGGGUCAUCGCCAGAGCCGAGAAGAUGGAGGAGAUGGAGCAGGACAGGAUCAGGCGCCUCAUGAACCGUCUGGACGACAUGCGCCGUAACAUCGCAGGCGACGGAGUGAACCGCUGCAUUUUGUGCGGAGAACAACUCGGUCAUCCGGGCUCAGCUUGUAUAGUGUGUGAAGACUGCAAAAAGAACGUCUGCACCAAAUGCGGCACCCAGACCACCAACAACCGGCCCCACUCCGUCUGGCUGUGCAAGAUCUGCAUCGAGCAGAGAGAGGUAUGGAAGCGCUCAGGCGCCUGGUUCUUCAAGGGCUUGCCCAAGCAGACCCUUCCCCAGCCCAUGCCCAUUAGCAAGAAGCCCCAGAUGGCUGCCAGCAGACCUGCUCCCCCCACACAGGAGCCAGCAGCACCGUACUCUCACCAGCAGACCCCCGAACAAGCCGCAGCUGCUGCUUCCGCUGAGCAGGGCUUCUACGGAGCUGAGCCAGCUUCCAAUCGGGGAAAUUACCCCCCACUUCACCGCAAACCUUCCGAGGCUAGGAUGGGACCAAGUGGCAGCGAAUUCCCCAGAGAGGGCCGGCCAAGCCAGGACUAUCCAGCUGAGAACGAAGCCGCUCGGAGCCCAGCAGGCGCCCCCUCCACAGACCCCCCCACCUCUCUUCCGGCUGCGCCACCCAGGGAUGAGAGCGCUGGGCCCGGGUACUCCACAGCGGGAGCAGAGAGGCCCCCACGCCAGGGGGCUCUGUACGGCCAGGCCAUGGCUCCGCCUGCUGCCCCGGCCGCCACCCGGCCCCCUCCUCCCGAGGAUGACGACGAAGAGGAAGCCAACAGCUACGACUCGGAUGAGACAACUACCCUGGGGGCCUUGGACUUCAGCCUCUUGUACAACCAGGAGAACAGUUCUCUGCAAUGCGCCAUCAUUAAGGCCAAGGGCUUGAAGCCGAUGGACUCCAACGGGCUGGCGGAUCCUUACGUCAAACUGCACCUGUUGCCGGGGGCCAGCAAGUCCAACAAACUGAGGACCAAAACGCUGAGGAACACCCGGAACCCCGUGUGGAACGAAACGCUGGUGUACCACGGCAUCACGGAGGAGGACAUGCAGAGGAAGACCUUGAGGAUCUCCGUGUGUGACGAAGACAAAUUUGGCCACAACGAGUUCAUUGGGGAGACGCGGGUGGCGCUCAAGAAGCUGAAAGCCAGCCAGAAGAAGAACUUCAACAUCUGCCUGGAGAGGGUCAUCCCGAUGAAGCGGGCAGGAACCACCAGCUCCUCGCGAGGAAUGGCCUUGUACGAAGACGAAAUGGAGCAAGGCGGAGAGGUGGAAGAACGCGGGAAGAUCCUGGUCUCCCUCAUGUACAACACCCAGAAAGGGGGCCUGGUGGUGGGAGUCGUGCGCUGCGUCCAUUUAGCUGCCAUGGACGCCAACGGCUACUCGGACCCCUUUGUCAAAAUUUUCUUAAAACCUGACAUGGGCAAGAAAGCCAAGCAAAAGACGCAGAUUAAGAAGAAGACGCUGAACCCCGAAUUCAACGAGGAAUUUUUCUACGACAUUAAGCAUAGCGACCUGGCCAAGAAGUCCCUGGAUAUCUCUGUGUGGGAUUACGACAUUGGGAAAUCCAACGAUUAUAUCGGCGGUUGCCAGUUGGGCAUCACAGCGAAAGGAGAGCGCUUGAAACACUGGUAUGAGUGUCUCAAAAACAAGGAUAAGAAGAUCGAACGCUGGCACGCCUUACAGAACGAGCACCACGUGUCCAGCGAUUAA